AUGGUGUCGCACCGCAAUCAAACACUACUGUCGUUAUCGAUAUUCCUUGGCGUGCUCGCAUGGAAUGCUUCUGCAGCAGCAGUUAAGGGUGGGACCGGAGGGGUGCCUGUGGGGCAAUUGAGCGUACAUGAGAUUGAGGAGCAAUUGCAGGAAUGCCCGCUCGUUCAUGCCCUCAACGAGCACAAGAUCGCUACCAACCCUACGACGUCCUCGUUGAGCUCCCAGAUCUUCGCCGUACUCUUCCCUGGCAGCCCGGCUGUGAACGCACUCCUUGCCACGUUGUACAUCUCUGGCCCACCCAACUUCCUCCUCGCACUGUGCCCGCCGAACAUCGAUCCUUCCUCGCUCUCGGUCAUGGUUGCUUUUGCUGUUGGCGGACUGCUUGGUGAUACACUCUUCCAUCUUCUGCCUGAGAUCUUCUUGGGCGAGGAUGAGCCUGCGAGCGUCAAAUUCGUUAUGGUCGAGCCAAACAAGAACUUGCUACUAGGUGUAGCCAUUUUGGUUGGCUUCGUGACUUUUGUAGCUAUGGAUAAGGCGUUGAGAAUCGCGACUGGGGGAGGGGGAGGUCAUGAUCACUCUCAUGGCCACUCCCACGAAAAGGUCGAGGCUACGGCCAAGGCAAGUGGUGUGGAAACCAGCAACUCGAAGGACGGCGUGCGCUCUCGCAAGCCUGCUGCGACUGACGUGCUUGUCGCAGCUGAGAAAGAGAAAGAAAUUAGUGCCACCGUCAAGCUCGGCGGCUAUCUCAACCUCAUUGCCGACUUCACCCACAACAUUACUGAUGGCCUUGCCCUCAGCUCGUCUUUCUACGCGUCUCCUACAAUUGGUGCUACCACUACGGUUGCUGUGUUCUUCCAUGAGAUCCCUCACGAAGUCGGAGAUUUUGCUUUGCUCAUCCAGUCAGGCUUCAGUAAGCGGGCGGCGAUGGGUGCCCAGUUCGUAACGGCUGCAGGCGCUUUCCUUGGGACCUGCAUUGGCAUUGCAGUACAGGAAUUCGGUGGUAGCUCAGCCACAGCCGAGGCUGCUGGCGCCGGUCUCUGGGGUACCAGUCUCCAGUGGGGUGAUAUGCUGCUGCCAUUCACAGCAGGUACCUUCUUGUACGUUGGUACGGUAGCUGUAAUUCCUGAGCUACUGGAGACCGGACCAAACAAGACCGAAGAGCUCAAAAAGACACUCGCGCAAUUCGCCGCUAUGUUCACAGGUGCGGGUAUCAUGCUUGCGUAG